GUCUGUCAGCACUUGAUGAGGAACCAGGGGAGUACUACAUAAUUGGUUUUAAAGGUUCAUGCUACUAUUAUCAUUAUGGUGCUCAAGGUGUGAAUGACCAAAACACUGCAAACCACUUUAUCUUGGUACAAGCUCACGAAAUCCUGUCCUUUCGAUGUACCUACUUUAUUCGAAGUUCAAAAUAUAUUGCAUGAAAUUGGGGACAAGCCUAGAGCUUUUGUAGGCUCUCAUGAUUGGAUUGGAACAUACGAAUGUGGAUUAGUAAUACAAUACGUGACAAAGCAUGAUUUUAAGAUAAUACGUGUGGAAAAUGGCCUUUUUACGGAGGAAAUCAUCAAAUUGCUUGUUGAUCAUUUUCAAGUACACGGAUCACCAGUCAUGCUCGGAGGACACGACGACAGUUCAUCAAAAGGAAUCAUUGCAGUAAAAACGUUUCCUGAUCAGCCAACAAUGUUGCUAAUUUGUGUAAGUUGGUUAAGUGAUGUCUAAAACACUAAUCAGAUCUCGUUUGUGUUACGAACAUGUGUGUAGAUUAAGAUUGAUACCCGACAAUUAAACCAAUACCUAAAAUCUUUGACUCAACAGUCUAACACUUUGUAAACUAAAUGGUUUAAACCACUCAUUAAUUAAUAAAAUUAUUCAUUAUCAG